AUGGCGGAACUUAUGCUAAAAGUUUGGCUCACUGCUUUUAUCGUUAAUUUUGCACAUUGGGAAAUAACUUUAGUGAAAGGAAACACAGUAACGUCAGCCGUUCAAUUUACAACCUCAAGUUCUCAGUCUGUGGAAAUUCUAUCCUCAAUAACACCCACGAAAACAACGGGGAACAAUUCUACAGUACAAACCAACUUGCCGGAUUUGGAAUGUCCAGACAGUGUUCCCUGUAGCCAUCUUGGUGGUUCCUGUAUUCAGUGUGAUUUCAACUAUUCGUGUAUUUACGGAGAGGAGGUCAAAGCAGAGUGUAAACCUAUUAGCUCGACCAUCAAAUGCACGGUAUUAAAUCUUUAACAUAUUUAAUAACGUUUAAUAUAUACGCCAACGUCGAACUCGUCGUAAUUAAAUACCAUAGGUGUUAAUUAAAUUAAGCUUGUCGUCAAAGUGUUCGCCUAAUUUUAGAACCCCAUAUUGCGAUGAAAAAUUUAGUGAAACAUUUUUCAUUCAUUUUUCUGUGCUGUAGGGACCUCAAAUCUUCAAUAAAACGUUUAACUGUAGAUACUGUUAUCAGUCACAUCCCAAGAACUAUAUUUGCCAGAAACAGUCAGGAUGCCAGGUAAGAAGUCAGAAAUACUUUUAAUUGUUUUGUAGUACAACUUCAUCAAAUUUGGCGUGAUUUAUGUGAGAGAUGAACAACCUGUGUAGAUGAAAGUCUAUCCUUUAAUUCUUCGUUUUCACAUGACGUCAUCAAAAUUCAAGCUAAGAAACUAUUGCUUCUUCUGAGUUUCUACUUUCAUGUGAUAUUAGAGCACCUUAAAACCUUAAUACAAACAAAUUUUCGGUUCAAAAGGGUUCUUUGUUUUCCGAUACAGGACGCUCGAAUUUCCAGGCUUUUGCGUUACGCGUCAUUUAGCUAGCAGCCGGGAAAGCUCUUAUGUGGGUUAAAAACAUUACGGAUUUUUGGAGCUUUUGCCAUCUAUACAUUCCUUAUCUUAGAAUAAAUAUUACUUUAAUCUUUAUGAGUUCCUCAAGCGAAUAAUUCACGCAUAAAUAGGAAAGCUCAAAAACAGAUGUUUCUGUUGGUUUCCGGCAGCCAUAUUUGUGCCCCUGAAAGGGACACAAACAUGACGUCUCCAUACAAAGCUUUAUAAAUUUGGGUAAAACGUUUUUCCGAAUACCUCGCAUAUGAACUAUUGCAUAGACCAGAUUCUUGGCAAGGCUUUUUGUAUAUUUAUCUUUUUUCAUUUGCCAGAUUCUAGACUUUCUGCUUUCUCACGUAAGUGAAAACUGAGAAUAUAUCAAAGAGAUCAAUAAAUCAAUAUACUGUAGCUGUGUAGAAGAAAGGCAAACAGACAGAUUACCUGUCCAGCACAUCUUUCAGGAUUAACUAAGGAGAGAGUUUGUCCAAAUGAACAAUCUGCCUGUUUCCUUGUGUUUAUACACAAAUAAAUGGCAAUAUAAAGGAGGUUGAAAGGUCACCUUGAGCUGAUUUAUUCAACUUUUAAGAUGUAUUUCAAGACAAACCAAAGUGCUUGCUUAAGUUUGUCCAUAUGGAUCAUCUUUUGCUUUUAAAAAAAGCCAUGGGCCAAUACUGAUAGCUUCACUGUUUGAAUUGCUUAACAACGUUGUUAAGCAUGUUCGGAAUUCUCUUCUUCUCUUCUCUCCAAUUUCAACCAUAGUUAGUAGAGAAGACUAGUUAGGAAACCCGGCAAACAUCAAAGUUGAAAGCAAUGGUGUUGUAGGUUAUGUUGGAAGCUCCCUGACCGUGAACAAUCCUCUGUUUUCUGUUCACAAAUUAUGACUGAAUUACUUAAUGCAAUGUUUCUAUUUGUCAGUAACUUCAAAAUGAUAGGAAUGCUUAUUUAUUACUUGGAUUUUUAUUUCAGUUGUAUAUUGGUACGUGUGCGCGCGCAAUUCAAUUUUGGGCGCAUGCAUUAUUUAUUUAUUUAAGUUGCGUGUACAUUUAGUUCAUUUAAUAACGUCUUAGUUUUGCUUUGCAUUAUUUUCCUCACUUAUAUGUGUUGUCCACGACUGUGCUCACACGGUGGGUGGCUCCUCCUAAAAUGUUCUGCAAUAAAUUUAUUGGUAUAGGAUUUAAUGGAGCCGAAACCAGUUGUGGAAUUGCACGCAUUUUAGGCAUCCUACUGAUGAACAGUUAGGACACAUAGAUAUAUUUUUUAGCAACUACUAUAAUUUGCAGUCUGUCUACUUUGAAUUGAACUGAAGGUUGUGCACGGUCAGGUCCAAAAGAGCUAACAAAAACCUGUAACAAAGGGUUUCCCAACCUUUCCACUUUAAUUAACUAUGUUUCAACUAAACCUAGUUUAACAGUGUGAGGAAUUUUUUAGCUGACACAGGGCUGCCGUAAACAUUUCAAGUUGCCAGGUAUAUGCAAUCGGUAGGAGGGGAUUUGAACAGAAAGGAAGUACUUUCGUUUUUAUUUUUCCCUAGGGUGGGGGGAUACUGCCAUAUAUGGGCUAUAUAGGUAUGUGCUGCUGUGAAGGGCAUGGUUUUCAAGCUAUUUACUCUAGGAUAGGGUAUAUAAGUCAGAGUGUUUGGGUCUCGAAUAGGGUAUCAUUUUUCAGGAAACUGAUCAGUUGGUUGAAGAUUUUAUCAAGACUCGGGGAAACAGCCACUCUAGGAUAGGGGGGAUUUGGGGAGUUUACUCUAGUAUAGGGUAGCAAAAUUCAGCUGAACUAGCUGUGGUAUAGGUUAAGGGUUCCAGGGUCCCAGCGGCACAUCUCCACCAGAAAUUCCUAAAAGUACCCCUCCCCCCCCGGGUUAUUUUCCUUUUGAUUGCUAUAAGAUUAGCUGGGGCUCACGCUCGUAGUAACCAGGGAAAAUCCUCCGCCCUCGGCUCUUGGUGACAGCUCUGCUGACAUACCAGAAUUUUUUUGUAGGUGGUGUCCAGUCCUAGAGAGAGAUACCAAACAAAUUGCACUGUAAAAGAUGAUAUUAUUUGUUUAGGUAAGAUCUGUUUUUACUACAUAUUUGGUCAUAACUGACUGCGGGACAGCUCUCAGAAUUUUUUCAUCUAUUCUGACAGUAGUAAAACUUUUUCAUUACGUUUAUUCAUCCUUAUGGAGUUAACCAGUAAUAUUAAAUGUAUUUGUAGUAAGGUUUUUGAUCCUCAUUUUUUUCCUAUAUCCAUCUGGUCUAGUGUUUUUUUAACAGUAAGCGAAGGAAAAAUGAAUGGAGUAAAAGGAAAGAGAAAAUAAGUUAAAGGAAAAGAGUUCAAGAAAAGCUGAGAUAACCAAGUUUCAUUGUUUGUAAUGUUCCGUCCUAUAACUACAGUCGACUUCCAAUAAUGAUUAUUUGAACCCUCACUAACUUGAUCCACAUGUUAAGUUCAAACCAAUAUCGAUUUCUCCUGGAUUUCCCUCAUGCAUUUACUUCAGUUUUACCCUUGGUAACUCGAACCCUCAAUAACUCAAACUUCCUGCCAACUUAAAGUAAUUCUUGUUCCCCUCUGGAUCAUUAAUUUCUAUAUAAUUUUACCCUCUAUAACUCAAACCAUGUUUUAAGUCGUGAUAAGUAAAAAAUAAACAAAUAACACUCUACUGCAGUCCAAAACAUUGAAUUUGUUUUAAAGCAACCAUGUAUUUGUCAGUUUACAUUUUUGUCAGUCUAGUACAAAUACAGUGUCCAAUCCUGUAUAUUAAUCAAGAAUUGUUGUUGACUCUUUUAAAAUGUCAAUAUAUCUCUUGUGCUGCCCUUAAAGUGAAGAGUGCAUGGUACUCACAUUGCGUUUCUUCCACAUCCCCAAGGUUUCCUGUCUUGCCAGUCACCACCACAAUAUUUAUUAAUUUAAUGUGAUUUUUGAAAGGUAUUUUUCCCUUAUUUCUGGUUAUUGGCUACAUGUAUCACCUGAAGCAACACCCUAAACGUGUACUAAAAUUAUUAUUGAAGAAGUAAUUUUAAAAGAUACACAAGUUGUGAUCUGAUCCAAUUCUCACAUGCCACAAGGAAAUGAAUGAAUAUAUGGAAAAGUACUAAGUAUACACAGCUUUUCUUUUUAUGGGUCAUGCAUUUUGGAAAGAGAACAUUGAAGACAGUAAAAUUAUUGGAAUCAAAUUGAUUUAAUGUAGAGGUAACAACAACUGAUUUGCAUAAAAUAGGUCUUAAAAUGAAGGAAUGACAUUUUAAAGAACUUAAUUAGCUCAAUUUCCCAGGAAAGGCAGUGCCAUGUCCCGCACUCCACUACCCCUUGCCCCCAGGAAAGUGCGCCUUUGGUGCAUAUUUUUUGCCUCACCGGCUAUGAAUGUUCCAUUACAUACUGAGCUAAAAUUUAGCGAGAACACUGCUGGAACCCCCAGUAACUCAAAUUUUUUUCAAUUUCCCUUGAAGGUUCAAGUUAUUGGGAGUCAACUGUUUGUAUAGUAUGAUGUUAUAUAACUGCCUUAAAUGUGGAACUGUGUUCUGUCCCUUACAAUCUUGACAAAUUAAAAGUGUGUCUUUAAAAUGUCAAUGAGGAAGAUUGUACAAACUAAGAAGCUUUUUCAGGCUCACCAAAAACAGUUUCAAGUUUGUUUCAGUUUAUUCUCCUGUUUUACUCUCACCAGCUAUAUAACAGAACCCAGAUCAAAGAAGGCACACAAUGCAAAAUGAAAUAAGGAAUGACCUAUAAAAAUGUUGUGGAAAGAUAGUCUGAUAAAUCUGAAUAAUUGUCAUUGUUCCCCCUUUCAUCAAUUAAGGUAAUCGUACAUUUCCAAAGUUGUUGCUUUGCAACUGGACGUCAGGAUAUCGAUGGUCAACUUCAGUAUUGCUAAGGUAUAGUAUUGACAACAUUAGUACAACAUUGUUAUUUUGUAAUUUUUUGUAUCAAUUUGUUCUUUGCUACUUUGCAGCCAUGUGAGUUUCCUAUCUAUGGUAUACUACAUAUAUCUACCGUACGCAACACUUGUCUAUAUUUCUUUUGUUGUACUAGAAACUUUUUUUUGAAAACAAGGUAGAGAAUUAAACUCAAUCCCUUACCCUCAUGGCUUAGCCAACCCAUCAAUCGUGACAAAUUUUCCCAGCCAGUAGUGCAUAUGGUAUAUGUUGUAGUUAAUUUUUUAUUUUUCUUUUGUUUCAACUUCAUUAGCAUACAUGUACAUUACCAAACUCAAAAACGAAAGAAAAACAAAAAUUGCCUGAGAUGAAAAAUAAAGUACAACAUAUACGUCAUGGGCAAACUGGUCAAGUUACUUGAAAGUCAUCUUGCUUGAAGUUUUGGCACCCAAACUGCUGAGUUAAUUUACAUCUUGACACACAGCCACAAAGCCUUAAAGAACGGUUACUAAAAACUGUGUAUUUGUCAUUCUUCGAGCUCAGGGUGAAGAGGGAAUUUGAAGCAUGAUUAUUGACCUUCUCUUAACUUGAAUGUAAACCCUUUAUAAUCUAUGACUGCACCAGUAUAAUUUGUCCCAAGCUCCAAAAUGCACUAAUAACCUGCUUUUGGGUCAAACAAGCUCCCAAUUAUUUCAAUUUUGUCUUCCUUAUCAAAAAAGGAAAUUUCCUGAAUGUUGGAUGACAUAUCAUUUCUAAUAUCAUAGGUGAUCUUCCAUUUCAGAGGUCAGUUUUGUUUCGAUCUGGUCAAAAAUCAGGUUUUUAGGUUGUAGGUAAUAAAAUAUUGUCUUAUUCUGUUCUCAAGGACCUUCAGAAAACGAGACAAACGAGAUAAUUGACAAGAGAAAGAAGCGUGAAAAUGCCUUUUUGGAAGAAAAUAUUUUUUAAUUCCCGCAGCGAUUUUGCAAAAUCGCGAAGCGCAAUAUAUUCAGUUUCUUCCAAAGCCGUCAUGAUUAGACAGUGUAAUACCAUCACAGCUAAAACUGAAUUUAGUUUGUAUCGCAAAAGCCGCGAAAAUAGAGCUGAAAAAAAAUGGAUCGGAAAAAAUAAUAAAAUCACCAAGAAACCGUCUCGUGGGAGCUUUGUCAAACAAACUGUUGGUACGGUUUAUUUAACCUAACCUGGAAAAGGAGACGUCUGCACGCAGAAUAGAUUUUAUCCUACAUGUAGUUGUGAUUUCCAGAACGGAACGCGGGAGCCUCAUUGCCAAAAUAUCUUCUACAUUACAGAAAUCACAGCAGAAUCGCCCUGCUCACGUGCUAACUUUCCGCUCCAAUAUUAUGACUAGAUACAGUACCAGUGAAUUGUUUCAAAAUUUGAAGCGGCCGAAACUUAUUUCCAUCAGCACGUAGUUAGUUAGUUAAGCAAUAAUAAUGCACAGCACUGUAAAUAACACGGUUCUAGAAUAUCUGAUGGCUUCGCAUUUUGUUCGUCGCUGCAUGCGAUUUAAUCGCUUAUAACCUGACAGAAAGUGUAAAUGUACCUGAAGGAAAUAACGUGUAUUACCCUACCUUAACGCUGUGAUGUGUGUAAAUUUGUCUUUUGCUAUGGUUUUAGACAAUACGACUUCUCCUGACUAUCAAUAUUAUUAUUGUACGUCAAAACAAGCGCGAUAAUGAAAUAGUCGAAGUGCCUUGGUGUAGCACUUUAUGACAAAGUUUUAACUGGAAAACUUGUUACCAUCUGAUGUACACCUGUAUAGUCUAUGUUUGUAAGCUCUGUCUAAAGAAUCACUGGGUUACACUGCACCCAUGGGUGUGCCACCUAAAGUGCAGCCUAUGUUUGUUAGCUCUACCUAUUAAAAGAAUCACUGGGUUACACUGCACCCAUGGGUGUGCCACCUAAAGUGCAGCCUAUGUUUGUUAGCUCUACCUAAAGAAUCACUGGGUUACACUGCACCCAUGGGUGUGCCACCUAAAGUGCAGCCUAUGUUUGUUAGCUCUACCUAAAGAAUCACUGGGUUACACUGCACCCAUGGGUGUGCCACCUAAAGUGCAGCCUAUGUUUGUUAGCUCUACCUAAAGAAUCACUGGGUUACACUGCACCCAUGGGUGUGCCACCUAAAGUGCAGCCUAUGUUUGUUAGCUCUACCUAAAGAAUCACUGGGUUACACUGCACCCAUGGGUGUGCCACCUAAAGUGCAGCCUAUGUUUGUUGGCUCUACCUAAAGAAUCACUGGGUUACACUGCACCCAUGGGUGUGCCACCUAAAGUGCAGCCUACGUUAACUUUGUUAGCUCUACCUAAAGAAUCACUGGCUUACACUGUACUCACGGACGUUUGCCUCGCGCUCUCUUCAAAGACAAAAAAGCUAUAGUCUGUUUGGCCAAAAAUCAAGCUUUGUUUCCCCUAAAAAUUUGACACCAUAUUAGGGCCCCGAAAGACGUUAAAAGUUCCUCCAUAAUAGAAGAGUGUUUUGCUAGAGUUUACAAACGUUUGGCUCAUGAGUUUCAAUAUAAAGGUGCAAAAACUUAUCAGCAUAAUUAUAGCACACAAACAUUGUCAUCAAACUCCUGGCAUGUAGCCUGAAUAAGCCAAGCAAAUAUGAAUAAAGCAUAUAACAAGAAAUAUUCGUCAAAUGGUCUCGUUAAGUAAAUUAUACUUCACUUUGCGAAAGAAAUUUAUCGCUUGUAUCCGUGUUACGCAUCGAAAAAGCGAGGAGUCAUCGCAUGACAUUAGGUAACAGAGGUAAUACUCACGAGUUUCACGAAUUCCCAUUCCACGAUUUUUCGCCGAGUAACAAAUUUAAAACUUCAAUUCUUACCUUACAGUGGUCGGUUCAUUUACCUUACAUUUGCCAACACUAAUAAACAUGAACAAAACGAUGAAAUCCGGCACUCUUCUUUCAGAAGUAGCAAGCCGCAUGAAGUAAAAUCCACCGAUAUGCGCUGCAUUCUCACUACAAAUAUAAACAUUUGUCGUGAAGAAAAUACGACGAGGAGGAAAAAAUGCCAGAUCUUCGCCUCGGCAAUGUAUUCCAGCUACGAAGCUGGCGUAUCUCCAGAAGGUGGACUCGAAGUGGGACAAACCUUGUGAUUUUUGUAGGAGCCCUUUGCGCGCAAACUAAUUUAUUCUGGCGCGAAAUGAAGAUUAAGAAAAUGUAUCUGAAAUCUAAUACAUGACAAGAAAAUUUUCGCACUUUCAAGGAGCGCGACAUAUUAAAUGGGAUUAAGUCGGAUUAGCUGCCCACGGAGAAAACAUCCCUGCGUGGGAUGGUACUUCCAGUAAAAAACUGCUGUGUCCUCUCAUGUUAAAAAGUCACCAAAUGUAUGAGCUGAUUUAUUCAAUUUUUAAGAUGAAUUUCAAGGCAAACCAAAGUGCUUGCUUAAGUUUGUCCUUAUGGAUCAUGUCUUGCUUUUAAAAAAAAGCCAUGGGCCAAUACUGAUAGCUUCACUGUUUGAAUUGCUUAACGACGUUGUUAAGCAUGUUCCGAAUUCUCUUCUUCUCUUCUCUCCAAUUUCAACCAUAGUUAGUAGAGAAGACUAGUUAGGAAACCCGGCAAACAUCAAAGUUGAAAGCAAUUGUGUUGUAGGUUAUGUUGGAAGUUCCCUGACCGUGAACAAUCCUCUCUUUUCUGUUCACAAAUUAUGACUGAAAAAUUAAUGUAAUGUUUUUAUUUGUCAGUAACUUCAAAAUGAUAGGAAUGCUUAUUUAUUACUUGGAUUUUUUUUUCAGUUGUAUAUUGGUACGUGUGCGCACGCAAUUCAAUUUUGGGCGCAUGCAUUAUUUAUUAAUUUAAGUUGCGUGUACAUUUAGUUCCUUUAAUAACGUCUUAGUUUUGCUUUGUGUUACUUUCCUCACUUAUAUGUGUUGCCCGCGACUGUGCUCACAUGGUGGCUCCUGCUAAAAUGUUCUGCAAUUGGUAUAGGAUUAAUGGAGCCGAAACCAAUUGUCGAAUUGCAUGCAUUUUAGGCAUCCUACUGAUGAACAGUUAGGACACAUAGAUAUAUUUUUUAGCAACUACUAUAAUUAGCAGUCUGUCUACUUUGAAUGGAAUUGAAGGUUGUGCACGGUGAGGCCCAAAAAAGCUGACAAAAACCUGUAACAAAGGGUUUCCCAACCAUUCCACUUUAAUUAACUAUGUUUCAACUAAACCUUUUUUAAUAGUGAGAGGAAUAUUUUAGCUGACACAGGGCUGUCACUAACAUUUUAAGUUGCCAGGUAUAUGCAAUCAGUAGGAGGGGAAUUGAACAGAAAGGAAGUACUUUCGUUUUUAUUUCCCCCCGGGGGGGGUACUGCCAUAUAUGGGCUAUAUAGGUAUGUGCCGCUGUGAAGGGCAUGGUUUUCAAGCUAUUUACUCUAGGAUAGGGUAUAUAAGUCAGAGUGUUUGGGUCUAGAAUAGGGUAUCAUUUUUCAGGAAACUGAUCAGUUGGUUGAAGAUUUUAUCAAGACUGGGGAAACAGCCACUCUAGGAUAGGGGGGAUUUGGGGAGUUUACUCUAGUAUAGGGUAGCAAAAUUCAGCUGAACUAGCUCUGGUAUAGGUUAAGGGUUCCAGGGUCCCAGCGGCACAUCCCCACCCAGAAAUUCCUAAAGUACUCCCCCGGGUUAUUUUCCUUUUGUUUCCUAUAAGAGUAAUUGGGGCUCACACUCAUAAUAACCAGGGAAGAUCCCCCCCCUUGGCUCUUGGUGACAGCCCUGCUGACAUACCAGAAUUUUUUUGUAGGUGGUGUCCAGUCCUAGAGAGAGAUACCAAACAAAUUGCACUGUAAAAGAUGAUAUUAUUUGUUUAGGUAAGAUCUGUUUUUACGACAUAUUUGGUCAUAACUGACUGCGGGACAGCUCUCAGAAUUUUUUCAUCUANUCUAGUAUAGGGUAGCAAAAUUCAGCUGAACUAGCUCUGGUAUAGGUUAAGGGUUCCAGGGUCCCAGCGGCACAUCCCCACCCAGAAAUUCCUAAAGUACUCCCCCGGGUUAUUUUCCUUUUGUUUCCUAUAAGAGUAAUUGGGGCUCACACUCAUAAUAACCAGGGAAGAUCCCCCCCCUUGGCUCUUGGUGACAGCCCUGCUGACAUACCAGAAUUUUUUUGUAGGUGGUGUCCAGUCCUAGAGAGAGAUACCAAACAAAUUGCACUGUAAAAGAUGAUAUUAUUUGUUUAGGUAAGAUCUGUUUUUACGACAUAUUUGGUCAUAACUGACUGCGGGACAGCUCUCAGAAUUUUUUCAUCUAUUCUGACAGUAAUUAAUGUUUUUUAUUAUGUUUAUUCAUCCCUAUGGAGUUAACCAGUAAUAUAAAUGUAUUUGUAGUAAGGUUUUUGAUCCUCAUUUUUCUCUAUUUCCAUCUGGUCUAGUGUUUUUUUAACAGUAAGGGAAGGAAAAAUGAAUGGAGUAAAAGGAAAAAGAAAAUAAGCUAAAGGAAAAGAAAUCAAUUAGUGCAAAAAGUCUUAUUUUGCCUUUCCUAUCAAAGCUGAGAUAACCAAGUUUCAUCGGUGUGCAAAGAAAGUAGUGUCUGAUAGCCCGGGGCUAGUGGAUUUUGCUAUUGGGCAAGUGAAAUCUGUUUUUCACUUGCCCAAUGGCAAGUGAUGUUUUUUGAGGAAUUCAAAUAACAGAAGAACUGUGAAAUCAAUUCUGCUAGUCAAAAAGUUUUUGGGGCUAGUUUAUGGGCCAUGCAUUUUGGAAAGAGAACAUUGAAGACAGUAAAAUUAUUGGAAUCAAAUUGAUUCAAAUUGUUGUGUAAAGUUAACAACGACUGAUUUGCGUAAAAUAGGUCUUAAAAUGAAGGAAUGACGUUUUAAUUAUAAAGAACUUAAUAAUAGCUUAAUUUCCCAGCAAGGGUGGGGCCAUGUCCUGCACUCCACUACUCCUUUGCCCCCAGGAAAGUGCACCUUUGGUGCAUAUUUUUUUCCUUACUGGCUAUGAAUGUUCCCUUACAUGCUGAGCUAAAAUUUAGGGAGAACACUGCUGGAACCCUCAGUAACUCGAAAUUUUUCAAUUUCCCUUGAAGGUUCGAGUUAUCGCGAGUCGAUUGUAUGUAUUGUGUGAGGUUAAAUAACUGCUUUAUAUGUGGAACUGCAUUCUGUCCCUUACAAUCUUGACAAACUAAAAGUGUGUCUUUAAAAUGUCAAUGAGGAAGAUUGUACAAACUAAGAAGCUUUUUCAGGCUUACCAAAAAUGGUUUCAAGUUUGUUUCAGUUUAUUCUCCAGUUCUACUCUCACCAGCUAUGUAACAGAACCCAGAUCAAAGAAGGCACACAAUGCAAAAUGAAAUAAGGGAUGACCUCUAAAAAUGUUCUGGAAAGAUAGUCUGAUAAAUUAGAAUAAUUUUUCAUUGUUCCUCCUUUCAUCAAUUAAGGUAAUCGUACAUUUCCAAAGUUGUUGCUUUGCAACUGGACGUCAGGAUAUCGAUGGUCAACUUCAGUAUUGCUGAGGUAUAGUAUUGGCAACAUUGGUACUGAACAACAUUGUUAUUUUGUAACUUUUGUAUCUAUUUGUUCUUUGCUACUUUGCAGCCAUGUGGGUUUCUUAUCUAUGGUAUACAUAAAUCUACUGUACAUAACACUUGACUAUAAUUCUUUUGUUGUACUAGAAACUUUCUUUUUUUGAAAACAAGGUAGAGAAUUAAACUCAAUCCCUUAUCCUGUGGCUUAGCCAAGCCAUCAAUCAUGUCAAAUUUUCCCAGCCAGUAGCUCAUAUGGAAUACAUCAUGGGCAAACUGGUCAAGUUACCUGAAAUUCAUCUUGCCUGAAGUUUUAGCACCCAAACUGCUGAGUUAAUUUAUAACUAGACACACAGCCACAAAGGCUUAAAGCACAGUCCCUAAAAACUUUGUAUGAAAAUUGACUUUCUAGUAACUUGAAUGUAAACCCUUUAACUUUAUGAUUAUAAUCAGUGUAUAAUAAUUUGUGCCGCAUCCCAAAAUACACUAAUAACCUUCCUUUGAGUCAAACAAGCUCCCAAUUAUUUCAUUUUUGUCUUCCUUAUCAAAAAAGGAAAUUUCCUCAAUGUUGGAUGACAUAUGAUUUUAUUUUCUUAGUUGUGCAUAUACAUUAAAGAAAGAAACUAGGUUUAUUUUGUUACCACUCAAUGAAAGGUAGAUGGAAGACAAUGUCUUGUUUUUUAUUACAUUUUAUAGGCUUUUUUGAAAAAUACCAUAAUACUCUUUGUUGUCCCUCCAAAAUUUUGCAUAAGCUUUGUUUUCAAUUUCUCUUAAGACUUACAAUUGCCCCAAGAAAAAUUGAAUACAAUGCUUAUGGAAAAUUUUAGAGGGACAACAAAGAGUAUUAUGGUGUUUUUGAAAAAGGCCAAUAAUUACAAAUUAAACACUAAAGUAACAUCUAAAUGUUUAACAGUCAGAUCAUGGGAGUUUAACACAUAACAUGUAGGUUCGCUAUCUGCAGUGUCUAUCACUUUACUCCCAAUAUAAACCGGUUCCUAGGUGACUGACUGUAUAUGCCCAACCAGGCUACAGGAAGUAGCAAUACGGGCAGAUACAGAGCAUAUAAUGUCAAAGAAAAAUUGAAUCAUAAAUAAGUUUACACAGGAGCCCAUAACGCGGAGCGAGCAACUCCCAUCAUUGGACAGGUUUAGCAUGUUUAGGAAUUUUUUUUUUUAAUUAUAUCAUUUUCCGAUGAUAUUAUUAUUCAGAUGCAGAUAGAAAUCCACAUGUAAGAUCAAUUUUUCAUCGUUCACUUUUUCCUUUUUUAUUUUUACACGUGUUAUUAAAGCAUUAUCUUCUUUUAAAUUGUACAUUUGUAACGUCUUAGCUUGAUCUAGUCUUUUGUAUUGUUCUCUAUAUAUUUCCUUAAAGAAUGAGUUGAGAGAAUUUGAUAAAAGAUCAAAGGAUUUUCUCUUAGGUGGUCGUUUUAAUAAUUCCCAUAACCUAAUAUCUUGACAGUGUAGGGAGAUCGUUAGGAGAAAAUUGAUGUUAGUCACUAUUGUGACUUACAAGGUUAAGACCCUGAAGAAGAAAGGCCGUGCCUUUUGAAAUAUUCGUAUAACAAAAAAUACAUGUAUAUUCUUGACUGUAAAAUCAGACUUACUUCUUUCCGUUGUUCAGAUUGUUUAAUGCAGUAAUUCUGGUUUUGACAGAGAUCUUUGUAAUAAGAUAGGAACAUUGUUUCUUUCCCCUUUGGCUGUUCAAAAACAGUAAGAUAAAAGAGUGAAUCACAAGUAACUUGAUGCUGCUUUGCAAUAUUUUUCACACUUAUACGGUUAUUUAAAAAAUUAGAGCUGUAUUAUCCUUGCUUAAGCUAUAUAUGCUGAUUAAAAUGAGUAAAAUUUCACUGUUUUUUUUUUACGUUUCAGCUUAACCUUAGGUGGUUUUGGCGUGGACCGAUUUUACCUGGGGCACUGGAGAGAGGGCCUUGGUAAACUCUUCAGCUUUGGAGGCCUGGGAGUAUGGACCCUUGUGGACCUGAUUCUUGUUAUUAUUGGAUACGUCGGACCAGCAGAUGGCUCACUCUACAUAUUCUAG